CGCUUCACCCUCUUUAUGCACUUUUCCUGCCCGUUUCUGGAUGUGGGUACUGGAUGGGUAUUGGAUGUGGGUACUGGAUGGGUAUUGGAUGUGGGUACUGGAUGGGUAUUGGAUGUGGGUACUGGAUGGGUAUUGGAUGUGGGUACUGGAUGGGUAUUGGAUGUGGGUACUGGAUGGGUACUGGAUGUGGGUACUGGAUGGGUACUGGAUGUGGGUACUGGAUGGGUACUGGAUGUGGAACGCCGUGAAUGGAACCAGCUAGGAGAAAGAGGUGACAGUCUCCCAUCUUACCCCUCCCCUCGCUCCUCUCCUUCCCCUCUCUCCCCCCCUCUCACCCCAUCCCCUGCCCAGAACAUGGUCAACGUGGCGAGGAUGUUUCUGGAGGGCCUGCAGGUGAAGGAGGAGGACUCGGACUUACUCUUCCCUCUCUCCCCUCUUCCCACCCCCUCUCCCCCCGUCUCCCUCCUUCUUCCCCUCGUCGCCGCCCCUUCCCCAUCCCCCGCCCAGAACAUGGUCAACGUAACCAGGCGGUUUCUGGAGGAUCUGAAGCUGAAGGAGGAGGACUCAAUCAUAGUGGAGAUGGGCAUAGAGGGGCACGAGUGGGCGAUUCUGCAGCACUGGCUCUCUAACCCUCUCCGCCCCUCUCCCCCACUCUCCCCCCGUCUCGCUCCCUCCCCCUCCCAGAAUAUGGUCAACGUAACCAGGUGGUUUCUGGAGGAUCUGAAGCUGAAGGAAGAGGACUCAGUCGUUGUGAAGAUGGAUAUAGAGGGGCACGAGUGGGCGAUUCUGCAGCACUGGCUCUCUAACCCCCGCAUGGCAGCGAUCGUAGACGAGUUGUUCGUGGAAGUGCAUUAUCAUCACCCAACCAUGACGGAGUUUUCUUGGACUGCACCACAAUUCAAUCACACGCGCCAUGAUGCGACGGGGUUGCUGACUGAUUUGAGGAAAGCCGGUUUCUAUGUGCACCCUUGGCCGUAG